AUCUCGUUUGCUGAUUGGUUGAUAACACAGCAGUUGAAAGUUGCCAUUUCUGUCAAAAAAACAUGAACUGGGAGUUUCAUACAAAAUGCCCUCGUUUGGACGUCGCACUAGUUAGCCCAUACAGUACCGUCAUGAGUGGUACAGUCCGACAGAUUACUGUAGCUACUGAUCCAGGCACCCCUUACUUCCUGCGAGUGGACUGGGCCUUAGACCUGGGGGCUGGAUUCACAUUAGCUCUCACUGAUGGCAGCUCAGCAUGGAUCGGAGAGGUUUCAGAAGAUGAGGUGACAAGGGAAGCCAACAAUGUGGGGGCCACAAGGGAAAGAUAUGUUGAGGAUCUUUUCCAAGCACUAACAGGAGGUGAAGGAGAAAGGAGAGGAGGCGACAUGGGGGUCUAUUCUUUCCUCUUCUCUCCAGAUCGAUGUCAUCUCUCAUAUCAGAAGAUCUGCAAUGACAUGUCGGUGCACUUGGGUUCUGUGGAGCUCCAGCCAGCUCCAGACCCACUAGAGCUGAACCAGAAGAUGAUUGGCCAGUCCCUAAAGCGCAGUACACAUCUGCAGUCCAAAAAUUGCCAGCUGUUGGAGGAAAACUGUAGGCUGAACCAGGAGCACCAGAUAACUCUCAGAGAGCUGGAGAGGCAGGUUGAAGAUAAAGAGAUGUUGGAGGGCGGCCUGUACUCACGUUUUGUCAUGGUGCUGAAUGAGAAGAAGGCCAAGAUCAGAGGCCUGCAGGAUGUUGUCCGCCAGCUUCAUCAGACUGACGGCAAGCAGAGAGAUGAGGAAGGAAGACAAAGGGACGAGAACACAACUCGGGGUGAAGACGACAGUCAGGACAGAAGAGAGGAGACAGUUCAGAGCAUCCAUCCAUCUCAGGAGCCAACUAUUCUCCUCACAGGUCGUAGUCUGGUGUGCCAUGGCAUCUCCGUGGACCAGACCUUUUCCGAUGAGGAAGAUGAACAGCGGAGCCGGAAACGUCGGUUGCUUCGCAGCCUGAGCCCAGAACCUUUUGAGCAGGAAUAAAACCUCCGGUUUUCUUGAUCCCUCUCCAGCGAUGUGGCAAGCUGCUUUCAACUCGUCUACCCUCACCUAAAUACUAGCAACCACAACAGUAACAACCAGGAAACAAUGGGGGGAGGUGUCCCCCGUUUUGAUGCCAGAUUUUGUCCCAGAUUGAGAAAGCACUUCUCAGAAAGCAAGAGCAUGUCACUGCCAUCUGGUUUGCUUUAACUGUGACAAUUACCUGCCACAGCUCGCGGGAGAGACUUGCUGCUUGACUAUCUACGUCGAUAAAUCGAAAGACGGUCAAUGAAUGACGCCAUCUGUUUCCAAACACUUUCAGAGCUGACGUCAAGACUUUGCCCAGAUGCCUAAGUGGUCAUGUGAUAACAGGCACUUAACGCCCUCCAGUGCGUCCUCAGGAACUGCUAAUGCUGCUAAUGAUUUGGAGAACAUGGUAGAGGAGCUGGACCAGCAGGAUGGAAGCAAUUUCUCAAGAGUCAGACUUCGCCCUGAACUUACAGGCUGCCAAGCCCCUCAACCGUGGCUCUGUGUGAGACCAGAGUAAGUAACUACUGAGGGACAACAGGUUACACCCUGAAAAUAGGGUGUCACCAACAACGAACCAAAGCUGCUUUGUUGCUGCUUAUUCAUCAUGUCUUGCUGAUGUUUUCCUCCCUCUUUUCAUUAUGGAAAUAAACUAUAUGCCAUCUCUUUCAUUUCCACUUUCUAAACUAGCAUUUUCGCUUCCCCCUUGUUUAUCGAUUUCCAUCUGCCCUUUUAUUUGGUUGAUGUUCUGCGGCCCAAACUACCUGAUGGGUGUUUUGCAGAGGGUUAAUAGGGUUGUGUUGUCUCUCUGUCUUCACCUCCUCGCCUCUUCCUUUACAUCUGCUACCAGCUUUAGGUCCUGAGGUCAUCACAGUGUGUCUUCACACUGACUGUGAUGAACCUGUGGAGACCAACUCUGGGUCAGUUUCCGACCAUUCUACCUUUGACUUAUGGACCUUCCUGCUGUCUUUGAGGAUUUUGAUGAUACCUAAAUGUCUGCUGAAGACCACGGGUGGCCUCCUGGAUAAUCCCACAACACGCGCUUGCUGGUUUAGUAAUCCCCACAGGAAUGUCACACUCGCUCCUCUAUACAUCCCAUAAAUAAAGCAUUUUAUAAAGGGAAGCCCAGAUCAGUUUCUAAGGAUCAUUUACAGAUAAACGCAUGACAACGUGCCAUGGAGGAUGAGACAAAGGAAACUACUGAAUAUUUCAGUUUGUGGUUUCAUUCAGAACAUAACGAUAACAUACAUUGACUGCAAAAUAUUCUAAAACAGGUCUAUUUGUGUUGUUUUCUUAUCUUGGAUUGGACUUGAAGAUACGUUUUUCGAUAUAUAUACUGUAUAUAUGUAUACGAUAUUCUAAAUGUUUUCCAUUUUCAAUCAGUUGAUUCAAGAGUAAAACUUUAAUUUUAUUUUGGAUAUCACACAUGUUCCCUGGACAUGUAUUAAUAAUGCAUUGAUUAAUAAUGUAUUAAUACUUGAAGGAGAAUGUAAUAUUUCAUGAUGUGGAAUGUUGUCAAUGUCAAAUGUGUUCUGGGUUCAUAUAUAUUGUUAAAUGUCUCGCAUGACAAGACAUGACUGAAAUAAAGGUUUUACUUUUCAAUA